AUGGGUUGCGCCGGUGCAGCUGCAACAGACAGUCCUAUCCAAAUGAACGGUCUUCCGAUCAGCAUUUACGCGCCGGAGACAGUCGGAUGCGUGGUGGUAGACGGGGAAGGACGGUGUGCAGCCGGGACAUCAACAGGUGGUCUGAUGAACAAGAUGAUGGGAAGGAUCGGUGACUCCCCGCUUAUAGGAGCCGGGACGUACGCGUCUGAGCUCUGUGGUGUGUCAUGUACCGGAGAAGGAGAAGCCAUCAUAAGAGCGACGCUAGCUCGUGAUGUGUCGGCUGUUAUGGAGUACAAAGGACUUAACCUCCAAGAAGCGGUUGAUUAUGUUAUCAAGCAUCGACUAGACGAAGGGUUCGCUGGACUCAUCGCUGUGUCGAAUAAAGGAGAGGUGGUUUGUGGUUUUAACUCCAAUGGGAUGUUUAGGGGAUGUGCAACGGAGGAUGGAUUCAUGGAGGUUGCUAUUUGGGAGUGA